UCCCUUCAUUACUCUCUUCUCUCUCUCUGUUACUUUAAACCACUUCCUCUCACUUCCAACUCACACCCAGAUCUCUAGACCCUCUAUCUCUGUCUCAUGUCCACAGCAGACCCACCUGAGUCCGCCACCGGGGUUGGCCUCGGCUACGGCAUUGCCAUUGCUGUCAGCCUCCUUGUCCUCGUCUCUACCAUCAUGUUCGUUUCCUACGCCUGCGUUAGAGUCAAAUCCGGCGCCAUCAGAAGUGGCCGUGGCCGUCACGAUGGCGACGAUGGAGGAGAGCCUCCCCACCACACUAUCACUACCACCACCACCACCUUGACUUCUUUGCCUGGUGAAGCUACUAAUAUUAUAAGGGCGGAGGUGUUGGGCCUGGAAAAGCCCAUGAUAGAGUCCUACUACCCGAAGACAGUGCUGGGAGAGAGCAAGAGGCUGCCUAGGCCCGAUGAAGGCCCGAGCUGUUGUAUUUGCCUGUCGGAAUAUAAGCCCAAGGAUACGAUACGAUGGGUUCCAGAGUGCAAUCACUGCUUCCAUGCCCAUUGCAUUGACGAGUGGCUCCGUAUGAGCGCCACCUGUCCCAUCUGCCGCAACUCUCCUGCUCCCUCCCCGACUCCCACUCCUCUUUCAGAGUUGGUACCACUCGCCUCUCGUCCUCGCUAAUUCUUUUCAUUUUUUAUUAUUAAUAUAUUAUUAUUUUUGUUGUAACUUUUUUGUUUGUUGUAUUUUUUUUUUUAAUAUUUAGUUUUGGGUUUAAUUUCUCGAUAUGUAUAAAGCAAUGUACCCAAGCUCCAAGCCGAUUUUACGCUAGAAACUGGAAAUUGUAGUAGAAACUGAUUAUAGUACAAAUUUUAGAAUAAAAUUGCAAUA